CGCGACGCCGCCGAGUCAAUCUCGAGUCGGCGCUGGUCGAUUACUCGAUCUCUACCACUCCGAUCAACCAACCCUGAUCCUCACUCUCGAAAGGAGAGGAAAAUUAAAAAUUUAAUUCACUAAUUUUAUUGGGGCUUUAUUGAUUUAACAGGACUGGUUCUGAUUUAAGAGAAUCGAAUUAGGUUUUCGAAGUUCUGCCUCGCGCUUUUUGAUUGUUUAUUUUGAUUUUUUUUGUUUCCCUUUUUCCUUUUGAUUUUCUGUGUGAUGUUGGAUUUUAGAGAAGGUUGGUGCUUGGAGCGGCUGGGAUUAGGGUUUUGGGUUUAGUGUUGUGGGUAGGAGGGUUAGGGUUUUGAGGCGUGGAGAUGGAAGAAAGUUCUGGGCUUGAAGAAGGAGAGGCUUGGUAUUCUAAAGAUGAUGAUGACACCAUUGACCUUGACAUUUCACUUUCCUACAUUGAUGAGAGGCUCCAGAGUGUCUUGGGCCAUUUCCAAAAAGAUUUUGAAGGUGGGGUUUCUGCUGAAAAUUUGGGUGCAAAAUUUGGUGGGUAUGGCUCCUUUUUGCCAACCUAUGAACGCUCUCCUUCAAUUUUGUCACGUCCAAAGACAGUAGAGAAAAACUACACCACACCAAGAUCUCCUAACAAUCUUCCUUUGGAGGGUGCCUCCCUGAAUUCGAAAGCUCCUCGACAUGCAACUCUGACUGGGAGGAAUGGGAAUACUUCCCAGAGUUUUUCAGCUAGGCAAGAUUUAUUCACUCAAGCUACCGACAAGCCUAGCCUAAAGGGGGAAACUUUGAACAGAUCAAAGAUUCCAGCUGAGCAGAACUCACUGAAGUUCCGAAUCAAAGUACCUGAUACUAAAUCUAGAAAGGCAGCAAUUUAUAGUGGGCUUGGUCUUGAUGAUUCUCCAUCUUCAUCAUUGGGGAACAAUCCAGAAGAAAGUGGAGCAAUACCAAGCAUACAUCAAGAGACUAUGAGUGAAUCACCAAGUAGCAUUCUUCAGGUCAUGACUUCUUCCCAAGUUCCCAGUGGUGAACUUGUAUCCCCUUUGCAUGAAAGUUUGCUUUUCUUGUUCAAAAAGGAAAAAGAAAGACCAUACAGAGACAAUAAACAUAUACCUUCUCUUGAUGAUGGUCAAGAACGUUCUGCCUGCUUAUUGAAUGAACCUAUUUUGAUAAAGGGAAAACCAUUAGCUGAGAAGAAAGCAAAAUUUAAUGAAAAAAUUGAGAAGCUGGUAGAGCGAAAGCACAAAAAUGGUAUUAAUGUUGUGGAUGACAAGAUAUUGCUUGUGAACAAAAAGUCAGAAAUUGUCAGAGGAGGCAAGGUCAUUUUGGCUAAUGACUUAAAUAUUGCUGAUCCUCUGGAAUCAACUGCUAGAACUUCUGAAGUUUCCAUGGAGACCAACAAUGAUGGGAUAAGAGAUCAAUUAUUUCACUCUAACCUAGCAAAGGCAGACUCUUUGGAGUCAAUAGCUGGUGUGGAUGGUGGCCAGAGUAAAAGGUGGAAGUUUCGGAGUUGUUCAGGUGAAGGGGGGUUGGAACAGAGUGUAGAAAAUUUGAAUAAGAAUGUCUCACUCGAGCUUGGGGACAAUGGCAGGGGUAGAGCUCACAGAACUUCUGCUCCUUCAAAAUGUAAGGAAGAUUGGAGAGAAAAGGUUAGCACAAAAGCUGCAUUUCAUAUGCAGGAUGAAAUAAAUUUGCCCCUUGAGAAGGAAAAGACAAUGUCUGAGGGAAAUAUCAAAUCAAAAGGUAACCAAAGUUCAGGAAAGGCUGCUGUUUCAAUGAAGGAUAACAUCACUCUUAGCCAUGGUGCCAUUUUAAGAAAAAGUACGAUGCAUAAGUUGAAGUUGAAGAAAGACAUUAAUAUGGUCAGAAAUAAUAGUAGAGAUUCUUUGGCUACAAACUAUAAACAGAUUCAACGGAAAGGUGACAUAAUGGAUCCAUUGGAGAGACAGUUUUGUAGUAGGCCAAAGGAUGCUGUUCUUGUUAAUUUUGAUACAGAACAGAGUACAUAUACAAAGAAUCAAAAGGAAACAUUAAGUGGUGCACAAGUUGACAACAAUCUAUUUGGAGCAUCUGCAAAAGAUGCUCCAUCUGUGGUUCCUUGUGUUGCAGAAAAUGCACUUGCCUCUGAGGGUGCACCACCAGCAUUGGCUCCACCAAUUGUCAAUGAAUAUUGGGUUGGUUGUGACAGAUGUCAAAAGUGGCGGCUUUUACCCCAUGGUAAAAAGGCAGACCAACUCCCUGAGAAGUGGUUGUGUAGCAUGCUUGAUUGGCUGCCUCGAAUGAACAAUUGUGAUAUUAGUGAGGACGAGACAACACAAGCUGUUAAUGCAUAUAACCAGAUUCUAUUUUCUGAGAGUCAAAAUCAUCUGCAAAAUAAUGGAAGUGGAGCUCUGUCAUUACAUACUACAGCUUGUCUUCAGGAUCAAGGCCUUAACAACUCAGGUUUACCUUCUCAGUCUCUUCGAGUAAAAAAGGAACAUGGUCUGAAGGAAAUUGCAAAAGCUGGCAGCAUCUGUGGACUGACUCAGAUGUCAAAGCCCACAAAAAGCCAACUUAGCAGAAACUUAAAUGGCAGGACACGGUUACCUGUGGAAUCAAAUGCCAUGAGGAAAUCUAGUUUUCAACAGAAAGAAAAACUUGCAGUUGAAGGUGAGUCAAAGCAAAUAAAGAUGAAAUUGAAAACUAAGAGGGAACCUGAUCACUACGCAUUUGAAGGUUCAAAGAAAAACAAAUAUGAAGAGAUUUACUCUGCUGAUAAACAACACAAUUCUGACUCUAAUCUGUUCAGGUUGGGUCUUAAUAGUACUGCACUGCCACCUCAGGCAAAUGUAAAGGGAAGACAGAAAUACAAUGAAUGCUCUAAUUCUGAGGACCUCAAGGGUGAGGUGAAGGAAAGACCUGUAGCUUCUGUAAAGAAACUUGCAAACCAGAUUCAGGCCUCAGCAACUGGUUUGGAUGCAAGAAUGCCUAAUAGAACAGACAAUCUGGGGAAGAAAAGGAAACUGAAAGGCUGGCAAGAAAGUCAGAAUGGGCAUGGGUUACAUAUAGAGGAGGAAAAUAGUGAGAUUGGAUCUCAAAAAGAAAAGACACUGGUUUCAAAGAAUGAGGUGAAGCAUUCUCAUAGAAAUGAUGCAAAUGAUAUUUCAAACAGAAAAGCUAGAGACAAUUCAGUUGAUGGUGCAGGAGAAGUUAGAAGUAUCAAUAAGGCACAUCAAAUAUCAAAGUAUAGAAGAAAGAAUGCUUCUCAAAAAAAUUUAGAUGGCCUAGCUUCAUCAAGAAGGCAUUCUGUUACCAGACAAGUUUCCAUGGCAGCUGCGUCAAGCUCAUCAAAGGUUUCAGGCCCUCAUAAAACCAGAGCAAACUUUGAAGCACUAAAGGGUUCCCCUGUAGAAUCAGUGUCAUCGUCUCCCAUGAGGAUCCCAUAUCUUGAAAAGCUUACAUCAGCAGGAGACACUUCAGGCAGAGGUGACACCGUUGAUGGUGAUGUUCAUGGAAGUGGCAACGGGAGAAGAAAUUGGGAUGGGGAAAGUACUGGUAAUCUUGGUCAGCCUGGGGUGGAAAGGGAGGAGAAAUUAUCUCAUAAAGUUUCAAAACUGGAUUGCUGGGAUAGAGAUGCUAGUCACACAAUUUUCAUCAAAUCUAUGCCUUAUUCUGGAGUUGAAAAUGGCUGUUUAACUAAUGGUGAUAUUUAUGCCACUGAAAAUGUACUGAGCCUUAGGGACCAGCAUGCUACAGAGCAUUCCCAUCAUGAGGAUAGAGUCAAGAAGAUUUAUGAUUAUGAUGACAAUGAGUUGUUUCCCCAAGGAUCUCGUAGGGAUUCUGCUUCACAGUCCAAGGGCACUGAAAGAAGUUCAGUGUCAGAUAAGAUGGCAUAUAACAUGGUCAAUGAACAUGAAGAUUUGCAUCCUAGGAAGAGCUCAAGAUAUGGAUUAGAAACUGACCCAAAGGGUCAACCACAUCUUCCCGGAGCAGCGGGUGAAAAUAAAUGCAGUAUGGUCAAUAAUUCUGGCACUAAAUCUAGCAAGGCUCUGAAGAACAACAAAGUUGGGGUGAAGAAUUCUCUAGGAUGGUUGUCAGGUGAUUGUAGAAUGGAAAACCAAUCAAGAGCAAAAGAGCAUGAGGAAUUGGAUGCAAAAUCAGUUGUUACAUGCAGCACAGAUCAGAAGAUUUUUUCCCAGCAAAACCUUGUCCAGGAUUUUGGUGGUGAAAGCAAAGUAACACAACUGGAUUCAAGAGGCUUAGUACCAAAAUCUUUCUCACAUUGUGAAAUUGAAACUAAGCAAGAAAUAGAGGAUCAUGGAACAUUACUGCAGGCUCACCAGGGAGUUGUAUUUGAUGGGUUUCCAGGAAACAGUGAGUCACCAAAGUUGUUGUUAAAACUGCCUGCACAUGAUGGUACCAAGAGUCAAGCUCACCACCACAAUGUGGAGCAGAGCUUACCUAAUCUGCAUGUCAUGAGAAGUGCUAACAUGCCAAGUCCUGGGAGAAUGAAUCCCUCUGGCCAGACAGCAACUGAUGCCCUUAAAGAAGCUAAAGAUCUAAAAGACUAUGCUGAACUUCUUGAGACCUCUAGUUUUGGUUUUGAAAGUAAUGAGGUGUUCUUCCAAGCUGCGCUUAAGUUUCUUCAUAGUGCUUCACUUCUGGAGACUAGCAAUGGUGAGAAUGGCGCACACUGGGAGAUAAAUCAAAUGCAAGCAUAUAGCACUGCUGCUAGACUUUGCAAGAGCUGUGGCCAACAAUAUGAAAAAUCCAAAGAAAUGGCUGCUGCCGCCUUGGCCUAUAAAUGCAUGGAGGUGGCAUAUAUGAGGAUGGUUUUCUGUAAACAUUCUGCUAGCAACAGGGACAGAAACGAGUUGCAAGCAACCAUAUCUAUGGUUCCUCAAGGUGAAUCUCCCUCGUCCUCUGUGUCAGAUAUUGAUAAUUUAAAUAAUCAAGCAAUAGCAGAGAAGGCCACACUGUCCAAGUGUACUGUUUCACGUGCUUCUGGAACCUACACUGUUGUUCCUAGAAACCGACCAAGUUUUGUUCGUCUGCUUGACUUUCUUGGCUGUUACCUUUAUGUUGAGUAUCCUCCACUUUGGAUACCAUCCCAUAAAAGUUUUAAACUCUUGUUACCUUGGUAUUGUCCUGUAUCUGAGAAUCUGUUCACUAAUGAGUUAUUUCUAGAGCGAAAAUAUAUUAAUACAUGUCUAUUGCAGACACAGGAUGUAAAUUUUGCGAUGGAGGCCUCAACAAAAUCCCAUAAUGCUUUUGAAGCUGCAAAGUUAAUCCUGGAAGAGGCUCAAAAAAUGGAGUGUGUUACUGCAGUUAGAAAGGCAAUUGAUUUCAGCUUCCAAGAUGUAGAGGGACUGAUAUGUCUGGUUGAGCUUGCUAAAGAGGCCAUAAGACGUUGUGGUUUUAGGUGGUGCUAGAGACUAUGUUACCCCUGUAUAUAUUAUGUUUUCUGGUUUAGAUCCACAUAGUGCAUGGGAGAAGAAAGUGUGGUGGGAAUCACAAGGAGGUGGAUCACCAACAGUACCUCACUUCUAUGUACAUGUGUACAAAAUGAGAUUGAUUUGCUAGUUUUGUAGUGUGUAUUUUGAAUUUUCACCUUCUUGACAGUGGUCAGGGCCAAAAUGCUUCUUAAGUUUUGGGGUGGCAAAAGAUGGAUGGAGUUCUAGCUUGUUCGGCAAUAGAUUUGGACUUCUUUA